AUUAAUCUGAUUUUUUAUUUCACUGAAAUUUAAAAAUUAUGCGUUAAACAUAUUUAUUUUUAUUUGAUUCAUAACUUACUUAUAAUAGUAGGUAUUAAUCUACUUGUUUGCUGAACAAAUCUUGAAUUGCACGUUCACGUUGAAUAGGUAGUAGUUAAAAAAUGAAUUGAUACAUACACAGAUUAUUUAAGAAUUAGUUAUAUAACUGUAAUCAUAGACCUAAUAAACUCUAGAGUUCAAUGAAAAAUGAAUCUAUAUUUAUAUAUACUAUCAUAUUUAUUGAAAAUAUACAGAACAUCAUUGAACCACAUUAGCACUAGUUAAUACAUUUCUAAUAUUAGAUGACAUGCUGAUGCAGUUAUUAUACAUAGGUCUUGAUGUUUUUUUAUAAAAAAUUGGAAUUAAUAUGUAGAUAAAAAGUUUACAAAUAUAAAAAAAUCAUUACUAAUUAUUGAAUAAAGUGGGUAAUCUAAUCAAAUGAUGACAAUGUGCAACACAAUUAUGCAUUGCAUUUAUUUUAUUUAUACCUAAUUAAUCAGACCCGUUUACCUGAAAAUAAAAUAACCAUGCAAUAUUACACCACAUCAUAAUAUUAGACUGAUUAUAAAUUGCAAACAGACAUUUUUUCAUUAUAUGUAUAUUUAUGCAAAAGUUGUUUAAAAUUAUAAACUAACAUAGGUAAUCUGAUAAAAGAACCUUUAUGUUCAAUUAAAUGUGGAAAGCCUAAAAAAAAAUGAGUACACUGCAUUUAUUUUAUUUAUACCUAAUUAAUCAGACCAGUUUACCUGAUAAUAAAAUAACCAUGCAAUAUUACACCACAUCAUAAUAUUAAACUGAUUAUAAACUGCAAACAGACAUUUUUUCAUUAUAUAUAUAUGUGUAAAAGUUAUUUAAAAUUAUAAAUUAUCAUAGGCAAUCUGGUCAAAGGACCUUUAUGUUUAAUUAAAUGUGGAAAGCCUAAAACAAAAUGAGUACACUACAUUUAUUUUAUUUAUACCUAUAAUUAUCUGACAAUAAUACAUAAACCGAUGAUCACUUACACACUCAUACAACCUUAUUAGAUUGUAUAUAAGCAGUCGGCAUGCAUUGAUUAUAGACAGUGUUAAAUCUCAACAUCAUUUACUAGACUUGAUGCGUCGUCGCUUCACAACAUUACAAAACCGCUACAAGACUACAUAACAAGUAAAAAUACAAUGUCUUCAUAUACCAAUGUUACUGACGAAAGCUCAUCAAAUGAAGAUGAAAGUUCAUAUUCAGUAAAACCUGUUAAACCAAAAAUCAGUAAAAGAAAAAAUGUUGGCGAGUCAAAAACUGGUAGUAAAAAGACCAAGAUCGGAAAGCAAUCGGAAUCAUACAAGGAUAUUUUUAUGGAUUUGAUAUCAAAAGGGAAAGUUGAAAAUGAUGUAUUGAACACAUUAACAAUGAAGGAAGGAAAUAAUUCAUACACUUUUAAAUGUCCUGUUGCACCACACUGUGAAGACUACUAUGUUAUUCAGCAUUACAAAAUUAGUACAAUUCAAGAUAUUCCGUCAGAUGAAAGAUGGAAACAUGCGGAAGCUAGUAUUAAAAUUCAUACAUCUACUAGAGAUACAAAAGAUUCGAACAUUUCAAACAAAAUCAAUGACGUUGUUCGUGAAAUAUUGGACCGGUUUUCAGCAGAUCCUAAGAAAAAAAUUAUUAAAAAUACUAAAAAAUAAAUUAACAACAAUUUAAAUGUAUAUACUAUAUUAUCAAUAUUGCAAAUUAUAAACAUUUAUAAUUUAAUGAUUGUAUAAUAAAAAUAGUAACAUUAUAAUAAAAUAAUUAAUCUUGUUUCUAUUUUUACAAUAAUAUUGGUAAUUUUUAUUUAGUAUUAAUGUAAUAUUAUUAAUAGUAUAAAGUUUAAAGAGUAAAAAAAAAAAAUAAUGUUAGAAAAGUAUAAUGUUAUGAUUAUGUGCAAUACUUACAGAAAUAAAUCAUAGCACUAGAAACACAACGGUUGUCAAUAUAAAAAUUAAUAAUAGUCAUAUAAUAUAAUAUUGUUAUAAUAUAACAAUAGUCAGCAGCUGUAUGAUCGCAACUCGUAAACAACCUGCUGCUGCAGCUGAUGAUAAAGCAGUCGUAGAUUGCAACGUUAUAUUUUAAUAUCAUUUAAUAUUAUAUCUGAUAGUGAAUUAUUGUGGAAUUGAAGUAUUUCAUACAUAAAACUAAAAUCCUCGUUCUGUACAAAAUAA